UGGUGCGGACCUGGUACCUCUUUUGUGAAGCAGCAGCUGAGGAGACUCCAGCGCUCGCCAUGGCCAAUGAAAAGCCCAAGGAAGGAGUCAAGUCUGAGAACAACGAUCAUAUUAAUUUGAAGGUGGCAGGGCAGGAUGGUUCUGUGGUGCAGUUUAAGAUUAAGAGGCAUACACCACUUAGUAAACUAAUGAAAGCCUAUUGUGAACGACAGGGAUUUUCAUUGGAAAUGGAGGAUGAAGAUACAAUUGAUGUGUUCCAAUAG